UGGGCAACAAGAGUGAAACUCCAUCUCACAAAAUAAAAAAAGAAAAAGAACAAAGAAAAAGAGGCAGAUGUUGUCUCAUUUGGCUUAACAGAACCUCCAACUGAUUAUAAGCCAGGAGGGAGGAGUUUAAAAGGCCUGCUGAUCUGAAGGGGAAUCUUCAGGUCCCUAUGGGCUCUCAUCUCCCCAAGGAGUCUUCUCACUUAGACCAGCACUCCCAAAGCAUGGAACCCAGCAAUCGCUGCAGUGAGCCACAAGUGCUUUAGGGUUUCAGAGGAAAAGGCAAUGCGUUGGCCUAAAGGAAGAAGCUGAGGCAAAAUGAAUGUAAGUAGAGAGCUUAUGUGAGCCAAAUUUGAGGACAGCAACCCUGGGGAUUUCGAUUCAAGUUGCCCAGAAUAGUGGGUUUUCAAAGGGAAAAAAGAUGGGGCAGUUCUUGGUAAAAUUGUUCACCAAGUAUUUAUAUUGCUUCAUUAAAAUACCAUAAGCUUCUUUUUUCUUCUUCUUUUUGAGACAAAGCCUCCCUGUGUUGCCCAGCCUGAUCUUGGACUCCUGUACUCAAGUGAUCAGCCUCCGGUGUAGCUGCAAUUACAGGUGCAUGCCACGGUGACUCACUCAAAAUAACAUAAGCUAUUGAUUGGCUAUGUGUUCUUUGUAUCACAAAUUCCAGAAACAUGAAGAUAUGGGUGAGGGUCAUAUUGUGCAGCCUGUAACAUUUUAGGUAAUUUAUCAGCUAGUCUGGAAACUACAGGCAAUAAAAGAAAAAUACAAAAUGCCUUUAAACAAUUAACCCUGUGCAUAGGUUAAUGAGACUCUCCUGUCUCUCUGCUAAAUUUUGCAUUCCUCACAUUCUUCAGACUGCUCUGAGCUACUUUCCUUUCCCAAAUGACACAGUUGUAGUCACACUUCAUAAAUUGAAAAUGUAACAUAGUAAUGAUUUCCCAGAAAUCUCAUUUUAUUCUUAAUAGUCCUUGCAUAUUUAAAUGUUGAGCAUUUUCCACAAAGACGAUAUUAAUGAAAUGUUCUUAAAUAACAUUCAGUUAACAGUAUUCAGUUCAUUCUGGUUAAUAUAUUUUUCACAACAUUUGUUUAUUUCUGUUUAGUAAGUCUACAAUCUUUAUCAUUGCCAUGGGUUAUUAGAUUGACUUAGUGGCUCAGAAGUAUUCACUGAAUCCUAAAAUAAUGAUGGAGAGAGUAGCGGAUAUUCCACACAUCAGGAUAAUCUGUGAACACACAUAAUGCUCAUAAUUCCAGAAUGAUGUAGAAUGGCAACCAGGACUCCAUGGGUCAAGCACAUCUGCAGGUGUGAUGAUCUUGCACAAGCAGCCAAAAAGUGAAAGUGAGAAGCGCCACAAUGAACAUCUGAAAAAUGUGUUUGAUUAAAUCCAAGUUCUCCUUCCCCCAGAUCCCUGAGCACAGUUAUAAGACCUGGCCAGAUGAGAUUGUUAGGACUCAGAAAAUAAUACCCCUGUAGGAUCCAAGAGAAAAUGUCCUUUUAGCCCCCUAAAGUUUUGCUAAAAAAAUAACUUACAAAAGACAGAUUAAUGGGAGAAAAGGCAUAUGAAUUUAUGUGCACAUAGGAAAGAACCACAGAGUGAUUACUCCAAACACCCAGUGGGGUACAGAAGCUUAUAUACCACCUUGAGGUUACCAAAAGAAUGGGAGCCCAAAACAGGUUAUAGUGGUAAAUCAGGCUAUGAUGCAAGACAGGUUAUGGUGGGGAGAGAAGGAGAGGCCUGGCUAGCAAACGUGGUCUUGCUAUGUAGAUGAAACCUCACAGAUAGCAGUCUGCAGAAAGAAUAGAUGAUAAAUGUUUCCAACCUUCAAAGGUAUCAAACUCUCACUUAUCUUUCCUAGAUCAAACAAGGGAGGACUCAGAAGAAGCCUGGCUGCAUCAAAGCAGAUUCCGUACAGAUGCAAAACUCCCCAUGAAAGACAGCUUUGCAGGGCUACUCCUCUUGGCUGGCUCUCUGAAGAGACACCUCAAAAUAUAUCAAAGAAGGAUAUUUUGGGGUGGUUUCCCUGGAGUUUGCAAUAUAUGUUUAUGACUAACUCAAGUCCACUUUCAAAUUACACUAUAACACCUUGCAGGCAAUGAAUUAGAGAAUAAAAUCUCAGCAUGAUGUUCCUCAACGGAGACACCAGUCCAGCUGAGGACGGCAGAGGGGCUGCCCUUCUUCAAUGUUCGCUGCCAGAAUUAUAUGCAUGUAUUGAACAUUUUAAUAAGGAGAGCAAGAAAUCAAAUCUUCUAAAAAUACAUAGUAUUUCACUUAACAAAGCACAGGAAGCACUUGCUAAAAACCUGAAUGUUCUGUCAUUGACCAAGGGCACUGAUGUGAGAAGAGAUCGCCAACCUGUUAGCAGGUGCACAGUGGUUAAAAAAGAGAAGAAGCCAGCAUCCAUGACUGAGCUGCUCCACCGCACCUUACUGGAGGGCUCACUGUCUCCAGUGGAGAGGCUCUCCAGGUCCCAGCAGAGGCUGUCACAGUGUGGGAUCCCCCCUCCCAAGCACACUUUUCCUUAUGAAAUUCUCAUUGAUCACUCGAAUGCCUUGGCCCAGGUUACCACACAGAAGAAGCUUCCAAGCGCCAAAAUCUUAUGCAGGCUAGGCAUUACCAGUGCCACUACAGAAAAAUUUGCCUUUGAAGAUAAACUUCAUAGAUACUUCUUAGUUGACCCAGGUAAUUUAAACAGAUGAGGCCACGUGGCAGAAAAGGAAUGGAAAUCUCAUUGCAAAUUUACUAGAGCAGACAUACUCAAAUACUGACUUAACAGCAGUUUUGCAAUUCUGGGGUUCAUGGCUGAACAAGCCUGGGAAACAUAGAAAGACCCCAUCUCUACAACAAAAAAAUUUAAAAUUAGCUGAGCUAGGUGGCAUGUGCCUAUAAUCUCAGCUACCUGAGAGGUUUAGGCAUGAGGAUCACUUGAGCACGGGAGUUCAAGGUGGCACUGGGCUAUGAUCACACCACUGCAUUUCAGCCUGGGCAACAGAGCAAGAACGUGUCCCUAAAAAAUGAAUAAAUAAAAAUAAAUUAAAAUGCAGAACAGGGAAUCCAGAAUUCCAGGAUCAAGUCCCAGAUUCAUUCUCAAAAAGAUGUAAUG